AUGGCUCCUUCGCGAGGGCCUUGCACGUUGGAGUGGCGGAGCAUGCGGAGCCGGGCGGAGCCGAAACCGCAGAACCGGGUGCCUCGAGCGGCGCUUUGCAUGCUGGGGGUUCCACGGUUCUUCGAUGACACAGCGCAGUUGCUGAGGCGAAAUCUCCUCGAACGUAUCGGCCGGCCGACCGACCUCUUCGCAUUCGUGACUGCCUCACGGAGGCCGGCAGCGCCCGACUGCCCCCAACCACACCGCCUGGUUGAAACAUUGCCUGGUGACGGUCAUCUUGGUGACGAGCUAAGACGUGUAGCGCCGUCCGGCCAGGGGGACUUCGAGCCUGGUCGCUUUGCUGGUGAUGGAGCUUCGUUGCUGACACCUUUGGAAUGGGCAUCGCUGGAGGUGUUUCUGCAGAAGGCUGUCGCGGGACAGGUGGCUUGGGGAGACCGACCUGUGGAAUUGCUGAGUCAGCAUCCGGCGGCUGCUUGGCGCCGCGUUGCCGCCCGACCUGGACCAUGGUUGGGCGGGCUGGCGAAGAGGUCUGAUGUCGGCCAUGACGACAUCACAGGUUCUUCGCCCACGUUGAAAGAAGAAGAUUCCAUGAAAACGAACAUUUCCGGCAUCCGCUUCACGGACGGCAGCUCUGGGCACCACGUGCGGCCGAGCGCCGGACUGUCCCAGCUCCGUACCAUGCAGUGGUGUGCGGACGCGGUAAGAUGGCAUGAGGAGAACAUCCUCAACACUUCGUACUCGCAUGUCCUGUUUGCACGCUGGGAUCUGCAGUGGCUGAUUCCAUUUCCUGGGCUUGAGCUGCUGCAGGACAUCAAUUCUGAGGAGAUAUGGCUGCAACAGGUACAGGGCGAGUUCUUUGCUAACGAUCGCUUCGCCGUCGUUCCAAGGCCAAGGCUUUCAGCUUACUUUGAAGGCUGGAAGCUUGUGGUCUCUGGUGAGGCAGCGGAUGCUUUCCAGAAACACAUGCCCCGAGUGGGCAACCCAUUUUUCCUGCAAGACUUCUUGGUGUUCGAGGGCUUCCUUCACCUACGCCUAGCGUAUGCUGGGCUGAGUACUAUGCCCCUUCCUCCACUCUUCUACGUAUACUGCCGCCCAUCCUCGGAUCCAAGGACUUUCCGAAGUUUGGGCUUCUUCGACUGCACACCGCUGGCCGCCCUGGCUGACGUGACGGUCUUGCGACAGGCAAGAGAUGACAGCGAUGCGGCCUUUGAGGCGCUGGAAGAGGCCCUCGGUGGUGCGAAGUACGGCAACGAGAUCACGUGGGUGCUGGCCACCGACUCAGCCCUCCAAACUUUUGGGCAAGCCGAGCGCGUGGCUCAAGAAGGGUCCGAACAACUGCUGCGGCUUCUGCAACCUCGCCUGGACCACAUUCGUGGCCGCCCGGAGGAGCUGGCUGUUCCCAUCAACUGGACCAAGGACCAUCUCUUCAGCGCAGUCUUCAUGUCAUCACAGAUCGAGGCUGAGCUCCAGUGUCAAUACGGCCCUGCAGGAGAGGACGUGCCAAACGCUGCUUGA